AUGACUAAACUACAGCUACUGAACGCCUACCUGACGGAGCGGCUGACGGUUGUGGUGAAGGAGAUUCUGGACGUGGUGGAGGACACGGUGACCGAGUACCGGGAGGAGACCGCCAGGACCAAGCGCGAGAACGAGAGCCUGCGGAGGCAGCUGCGGGACAUCCUGCUGCUGGAGGCCGAGACGGAGUGGCUGAGGUCGACCAGGUCCAGUCUUGGUUUUGCGUCUCCUCAGCAGCAACCCCGUGAUCCAGAACUGAGGCCCCGCUCAGAGGAGCCAGACUCCACCCUUAACCAGCCCAGACAGCCAGCAGCUAACACGGCCAAGCCAACUCAUGAGCAGGUUGUUUCUGUGCAGCUACUGUCAGUCCAGAGUGAGACGCCACCAGGGCCGACCCUCCUGCCAGGGGACAAGAAGCCUGCUGAGCCCUGGGAACCAGUACCGAAGCGGGACCCUCAGAAGGAGGCAUUUGGGAAAGUUUCACCUCUUCCUUCUCACUCCUCCCGAAGUCCUCCCUCGGCCUCAGGCCCUAAAAUCCACAUUGAAGUUCCUGUACUCAGAGAGAAGCCCAGGGCCCCGGCUCCUGCUGUGAUAAAAAGUGAACCCGAGGAAUACAAAGUGAGUGAACCUGAAGGUCACACAGACUCCCUGACAGAAACUCACGUCUCACAGGAACACUCAGGUGUCAGGAAUAGGACAGCGGUGGUACGUGCAGACCGACAUGAAGCUCAUCAAAACAAGAAGUCCUGUCAGGACGAGGUCACAGCUGAUGAUGUCACAGCAGCUGGAUACAUCCCUGAGCUCGUCCAUCGCUGCCCCCGCUGUGGAGAGGCAUUCGGCCAGGCCAGCAGCCUCCGCCUUCACCUGGAACAGAAGAGAAAGACGUACGCCUGCGACUGGUGCUGUAAAUCCUUCGCACAGUCGGCGGACCUGCGACGUCACCUGCGCACGCACACAGGCGAGAGGCCGCACCGAUGCACAUUCUGCUCUAAGAGCUUCAGCCAGAGAGGAAACCUACGGCGACACCUGCGCAUUCACACAGGGGAGCGGCCAUACAGCUGCCCGUACUGCUGCCGCACCUUCAGCGAUGGAGACACCAUGAAGAAACAUAAGCGCACACAUUCAGGAGAGAAACCAUACCGCUGCGUCCAAUGCUCCAAGACCUUCACCAGCGCCAGCGGCCUGCAGAUACACUUAAAGAAGGACAUGUGCUUUGUGGCCAACACCUGACUGGUCAGUUCAGGCUAAAGGAGAGUAAGAGGCUAUAAAGCAUUCCCACAAAGACACAUCACUCAGUAUAAAUGCUUAUUCUAAUAAUAGAAUGUGACCGUCACAAGCCAGCAGGGUUCAAUAUAUACAUAUAUAUAAAUUAGGGCUGUCACGAUUAGUCAACUAAUCAAUGACUUAUCGACUAUUAAAAUAAUCGGUGACUAUUUUAGUAGUCGACUAAUCGGUUUGAGUCAUUUUUCAUAGAAAAGCACUAUAAAAGUGCCCCAAAUUACUCUUACUGCAGCUUCUUACGUUCAGAUAUUGGCAGCUUUACACACUCUCCCGUGACAGUGAACUAAAACCCUUUGGCAUGAGUAUGAAACAAGACAUUAGAUAACGUAAUUUUGGGAUUUGGGCGAGACAGACCGACAUUUUUCAACAUUUUAACACAUUUUUCGAUGAAAUGAUUAGUCGACUAAUCGCAGAAAUAAUCGACAGAUUAGUCGACAAUGAAAAUAAUCGUUACUGGCAGCCCUAAUAUAAAUAUGUGUAUCAUCAUGCAAAAUCUUACUGGGCCUCAUUCACCAACUGUUCUUAAGAAGAAAUUUCUUAGUAGAGCCUACUUACACAGUUUUCAUGAAGAUUCUAACAUUCACCAGUGUUUUCUAAGAUCUAGGUCUACUCGCACAAUGGCAUGUUUACUGCUGCUCCAAUAUGCUGGAGGAUGAGCACAUCCUCUAGGACCAUGUAGUUGUGUUUGCAGAGAGCAACAAGUGCGGGCCUGUCCUCCUCCAGUACUGUGGUCUGCAUCUCUUCUGUGUUAGGCAAUACCUUUAACUUUAUUUCUUAUCUUAAUCUUUAAGAUCAAACCAUCUUUUUUUUUUACUUCAUCUGUUGUCCCCAGAUACAGCAUUCUCUGAACAAGUAACAGCAUCCCAUGCAUCUUCUGUGUGUGUUACUUUAUAUCCAUAACUGAUGCUAUGAUAUACGACAGCUCGUUUGGCGUUCACUUCCUGCAGAAGUACCUCCACUUUGGAACUAUUGAAGUUUUUUUAGGUUUGGAGUCCGGUGCUCCUCCUCCCUAUUUAGUGUGCACCGUGUCAGUUUCAGUUUGUGAGGACAAUGGGAUUCAUCUUUAUAAGAGCACGGAUGUCAACAAUUCUGACGUAGACUUUUCUUCGGACCUCUCUCAAGAGCAAAUUUAUGAAAAAUCUUAGGAAGAUGUUAGUGAAUGAGGUCCAAUGUCUUUACACACCAAACUGCUGGAUCUUAAAGUUAUACUGUGCAGGAACUUGGCCUCUCUGGACAUUUUACUGUAGGCCAAGCUGAAGUGAGUUUCACCCUGGUUCCCUUGUCAAAUAACCUGCAGGAUUUUUCCAAUCAAUUGCACGUUUUGUCCGGGAAAAUGACCUUCACAAAUGAACACCACUUUUAUGAGUAAAGUAAAAAUUAAUGGUAGGCAAUAACAAACUACACCACAGUAACAUGACUUAACAUCACCACCACAACAAGGCUGUAAAAAGCGGUGUUCGGCGUGUAGUCUCAUUUAGCCACUUGUUAGCAACCACCUUUUUAAAGACACAUUAAAGCAGCAAACAUUGAUUUCAUUUCAGGAGUCACAGCUACCUAACAGCCUCAUGUACUUCAACAUGCCUGUAAACCUAAACAGCCAGUGGAUAUUAUGGCCAAAUGCAACUUAGUAAUACACUUUUAAUAUGUUGAGAGGCAGUCAUUCUGGUGUGUAAAGUUCUUGCGAUAACACACAAGAAACUACAUGUUUGUCACUGCUGGCUUGUGAUGCAGCUCUGUGAUGUGGCUGCAGCAAUGAUCACCUGUCCAACCAUAACGAGCAGCCAAUGAGGUAAACUAAUUUACAUUCCCGCUGACUUUCUCUCUCUGUUCCCUCUUGCUGCGAGCCUUCAAUGCACUUUGUUUUUAUGAAUUAGGGCAGGAUGCAGUUGCUAGGCAGCUACAGUCGCACUGAUAUCAUCCAUGCCUUCAUAAUUAUUUAUUUUUUGUUAUGUCUUACGUUGUACUUCUAAGCAAAUAUGCGAGACACAGCCCCCAGCUGAACUUGUCUAUCCUCCACACAUGAGACCACAGUCUGCAGAGGAUCCAUCGUGUUCUGUCUUCACUCUGCUGUGUUUCUGGUUCCAGAUCAACAACAGAGUGAAAACAUGCAGUCGGCUGUGUGACACAUUAUAUAACUGAAGGACUGUUGAAGAGUUUGUGUCUGAAAUGAGAAGAGACUUUCCUGCUUCAGAGCAGACUGGUUGCUGCAAUACUAAAAAUAGAAUAAUAUAUUAUUUAUUUUCCUUUUUUUAUCAGUGUUAGACGGCUUGAACUUUGUCUGAUCUGCCGCCUGAGAAUAUUCAUGUUUGUGAAGAUGGCUGAUCAUGAAGCAUGAUGGGAAACUGCUUCAUACUGCAGAAAUGAUAAACAGCAGAUUGUGACGAUUCACAGAAAAAAAGAAUGACCAUUUUCUCUGUUAGCAGACAGGAACAGUUACAGUGUGAAUGUGUGUAGAUCUUUUCUGUGUGAUUAUCAGUAUUUUGUAUUGAUGUGAAACAUCUUGUUUUU